CGUUUCGAUAGUCGCUUCGCGGACGUUGAUCAGUCUACUUCUUCGUGAACUUUUGAAUUUCCCGCCGGUCCGUUAACGUUUCUUUUCAAACAGUGAGCACUUCAAAAAAAAAAAAAAAAAAAAAAAAAAAAAAUUUUGUUUUUAGUGAAAAAUCGCGAGGGGAAUUUUAUUUAUUUUGAAGAGAGUGUUACGUGCGAAGAUAUUUAUAUAUAUAUAUAAAAAAUGAAGAAAAUAAAAUGUAGAGACAAAUUUCAAUUUGUCAAUAAUAUUAAUUUAUUACGUAUUUAAAAAAAAAAAAAAAAUUCCCAUAACUAUGAUUAUUGGGAUGUUAUAAAUAAAAGCAAGGACAAUUUAAAAAAAAAAAAAAAAAAUGUCGUGACCAUAAAACAAAAACAAAAAAAAAUUAUGAAAAAAUGACAGGAAUGCAAGCAAAAUCAGUGCAACAUUCAAACAGAAUUAUUUAUUAUCUCAUUAUUGUGCAAUCAUUAUUGCAAAUUAUUGCUUACAUUUAUCUUUAUCUCUAUGUGGCGAGGGUUGAUUCUGAAUUGAAAAUUUUAAAUAAAUUGGGAUGCCAGCAUCCAGUGGAAAACGAAAGUUUAAUGCGCCGGAAGAGAAGUAGUGCACUUCCUGCACCGGAAGACAAUGCCGUCUUAGAAGUAUUUAGGGUGCCGAAGGAUUCGAAGAAAUCUACAGCUUCUCCGAGUGAAUCCGCAAUUCCUGUUCCCCUUAAUAGACAAGAAUGGGUUGAAAUGACAGCCGACACGAGGAUCCCGGUGGAUACGAUACACGCGUAUUGUCGAAAAUUCAGAGACAGUUGUCCAGCAUCACCGCCUGGUUCACCAGGUGCUCCAGGACCACCUGGCGAUAGAGGACUUCCUGGACACGCUGGCGCUGUUGGACCUGAAGGCCCACCUGGAUUACCUGGCUAUCCUGGUGAAAGAGGAUUAAAAGGCGAUUCAGGAUCAUCUGGACUCGAUGGUAGGGAUGGAAUUCCUGGUGAACCAGGAUUAGACGGCAUCCCAGGACGAAUAGGCCACGAUGGUAUUCCGGGUAAAGAUGGAAAAGAUGGCAUUCCUGGAAUUCCUGGAAGUCACGGCAAGAAUGGAAUAGACGGAAUUCCUGGACAGAAAGGUGAAUCUGGUUCCCCGGGUACGAAAGGAGUACGAGGACCAACUGGACCAAAAGGUUUACAAGGACCUCCAGGGCAUGAUGGGAAAUCAGGAGAGCCUGGAAUUGUUGUCUACGAUCGUCAACUGAGUAAUGGCACCCGAGUUAAUGAGCGUCUUAUCGCGCCUUCUAUUCCCAUAUUUGGACUGAAAACUUACUACACAGUGAACGAAGGAGAAAAUGUUCGUUUAGAGUGUGGGGCAGUUGGAUUUCCAAUACCAAACAUUACAUGGCACAUGUCAAAUGGACUAAUUUUAAAAGGAAUCUACAAAUACACAAUGGUGGUUGGAAAUCCCUUUACCAUAACAGCAGUCAGCCGAGAACAUACAGGGGAUUACAUUUGUACUGCGACCAAUGGUAUACCGCCGAAUGCGAACCAAACUAUCAAACUCCAAGUCCAAUUCGCUCCUUACAUUCGAGUUCAUUCUCAGACAAUUCGAGUUCGAAAUCAAGCUAUCGCUGUUCUCGAGUGCGAAGUUGAAGCAUUUCCGGAACCAGAAACAUAUUGGAUGGGAGAUGAUGGUCGACGGCUCGAUUUGAUGGAAAAAUAUCGUUCGGAGGUCAAUACCAGACGAAAUGGUUACAAGUUUAUAAUGAAGCUACAAAUCAUGAAAGUCGUAUCCAAGGAUCAUGGAAAUUAUCAUUGUGUUGCAAAAAACAUUAUUGAUACCACAAAAGGAACCCUCACAAUCACAGGCCUUACACAGAAUAUGGAUGAUUUAAGAAAUACUCAACAACAGCAGGCAUUCUUUGGCAAGCCUCCUCCACCAAGAAUUGAUCUGGAUACUCAUUGUGCACCGCAAAUCAAUUGCGAUUCGUGUCCCAAUGUAAAAUGCUCUUUCAAAGACAUUGUUCAACCUUUCAAUAAUAUAACUUUUAAAGUGCAAUUGAUCGCUUUUCCACCUCGAUUAGCUGAGGGUGUCUUGGAUGCAGUUGGAAAACCAGUGUUUAAAGGUGAAAUGGACGAUAUUUAUGGAGCAUGGAUGUAUGAUACGCUUCCUAGAUCUGAAGCAAUUGCAGAUAAAUUAUGGGUGACUCGCAGCAAAUUUCGUUCGAUUCUCUACGAAUAUAACAGCAGAGAUGACUUCUCGAGUUUAAUGAAAAGAGCCAAAGAAAUCAGACUUUCACGUCCCUUUCAAGGCAAUGGUCACGUGGUCUACAAUGGUUCAUUUUUCUUUAAUCCUGUCGAUCGUGCGUCAAUUAUAAGAUUUGAUAUCCCCCCUCAUUUAUCUCACUCUGGACCAAUGAUGAGAGACAAUGAAGUGUUUCUACCUGGUUUGGUUGUCAACACUAAGAAUUAUCUUUACACUCCAGAUCACAAUCACAAUUAUGUCGAUUUUGAUGUUGAUGAAAAUGGUUUAUGGGCCAUUUAUGGUUCACUUACAAAUACAACAAUUGUUGUAAAGGUUGAUCCUGUUGCAAUGAGGCUUCAACAGAUUUGGAAUGUCACUGUUGAUCAUCAUAAAUUUGGAGAAAUGUUCAUUGCUCGCGGUGUUCUUUAUGGAGUACACAGUGUAACUGAUGAAAUCAUGAAAAUUCGAUUGGCGUUAGAUUUGUAUAAAAAAUUGCCUCUCGAUGUCAGUUUGUCGUUCACCAAUCCAUAUCACAAGACUACAAUGGUUGGUUACAAUUCCCGAACGAAGGAAUUAUAUACAUGGGACAAAGGGACUCAAUUGGCAUUUCCGGUAAAAUAUCAAGAACUGUAUGGUAAUUCAACCAAGGAAGAAUAUUAAUUGUACAAAACAAAAAUUACUUUUUAAAUUACUAUAUUGGCAAUAUAAAAUGUCUCUUAAUUAAAAUCAAUUUUUGGUAAUUAUUAACAUCAAUGUGAAUUUUUUCUUAAGAAUGCAAAAAUUAAUGACGUGUCAAUUUUGUUACCGUAUCUACUAAAUUACAUCAUCUUUAAUGAGAAAAUCAAAGGCAGACUUUUAGAGUCUCUAAUUUACUGCAAGACACAAAUUGCCGGUUAUCGAAAUUCAUUUUCAAAAUAAAAAAACAAAAUAAUUAAAAUUUUCUUAAACAUUUAAUUAUUUUUUUUUUUUUUUUUUAAACUGAUUGCAAUAUUAAGUGACAAGAAAAAUUGCAAACAAAUAAUUAAAUUGAAAAAAAAGAAUUGUGUAACUCCUCGAUUCUUAAUUUUAAUUAUUAUGUAAUAAUUACAUGUAAAUAUUAGUAAACAAAUAAUUGAAGAAUA